UGGAGCUGUUUUCCAGAGAGCUGUUAGAUAUCCCGGAACCAAUAUUGACGACACCCGGCUAUCCUUCUUCCCCCUCCAAUCACGUAGGCAGUAGUUGCAACUCUGCUGGAACAAGAAAAGAUAUGAAUGUCGUCUGGCGAGUGUUGGUCUUCAUCGGAGUCCUUUGGCGGUUUCACGACUGUGAGCAGUUUUCGCUAAAGCGGUGCCCGGGAGGGUGCAUCUGCGUGUCUCAAACUCAGGUCAUGUGCAACAGUGGCUCACUGCGGGAAAUUCCCCUGGCCCACAUGCCCCCGACGGUGGAAGUCCUAUCACUGCAGAAGAACAUCUUUCCGAUAAUUAAAAGCGACGCGUUCCUGGGACUGAAGGCACUCAAAAAGCUCUCGCUCGACAGGAACAACAUCAGCACGAUAAAACCGUUUGCCUUCCGUGGGCUUCCCCGGCUGCGGAGCCUCGAUCCAGCACACCCGCUGGCGACCGUGGCAUCGUUUGCCUUCGCCGGGUUGCAGAACGUUUCGCAAAUAACCCUUUCCCACAACAAAAUUUUGCGCAUCGAAGCGUACGCGUUCGCCGGAUCGGCCGGCAUCCUGCUGCUCAAUUUGGCCGACAAUCCGACGGUGCUGGUCGAGAAGAACGCAUUCUCCAAUUUGGGCUCGGUCGAACGGUUGACGCUGCCCUCCGGGAUUCGCAACAUUUCACAGGACGCGUUCAACGCGCUGGACAUGGUCGGACACUUAAAACUCUCGUUCAUGGACCUCACCGAAGUCAGUGCGUUCACGUUCCGUGGGCUGACCAACGUAAAGCUGCUUUCCCUCCAGGAGUCCGACCUCGGUGUCAUCAGUGCCAACGCCUUCGACGGACUGGACCACGUCGACACGCUCAGCAUCCUGAACAACAAAAUUGAUGCCAUCCAGGAGCUCAACAUCACGUACGCCAAUCACAUCAAAACGCUCCGAUUGCAGGGCAAUCACUUACUGGAAACGCCGGAGCCGGGCAGCAUCGUCCUGGAGGGGCUCAGCCAGCUGCACGUGGUAGGUAACUAUUUCCCCUGCGGUUGUCACAUCCACACCCUGCUGGACAGCCCGCUGGCGAACGGGUCCUACCCGAGCGGGGAGGACUUCCUUUCGAAAAACUACUGCAUCUCCCCGCUGGAGUACAACGGUCGGAAGAUGAGCAAGAUCGAUAUCUUCGCCAUCGGCCGGUGCCACGAGCAGGUGACGCGCGAAAACCUGGAAGCAUCAGGAGCGGCCAGCCGGCAGCAUUAUUGGACUAUUCUGCUAGGGAGGAGACGACCGGAGGUGACCGGUGGCGGAUCCAGCUUUUCCAGCGGGAAUUGCUGCAGCAGUAGUGGCAGUGGCAGUAGCUGGUGCGGUUGGCAUUGGUGGAAUCGAAUCAAUUAUUCAACAGCCGCACUGCUGCACCUGCUUUCCGCACUGGCACUAUUAGGCUAUUUUAAAUAUUUCAGGCUGAAAAUCAGUUGA